AUGGAAAAUGAAACCAUCCUCUAUUUCUCCAUGUUUGAAAAUCUGGGCUAUUUCCGAUAUUUGUUCUUCAUUUUGGGACUGAUCCUGUACUGCACUAUAUUAUUCUUCAAUGUCGCCAUCAUUCUUGUAAUAUAUCUGGAACCCACUUUGCACCAGCCUAUGUACAUUCUGAUUUCAUGUUUAUCACUCAAUUCUCUUUAUGGCACAGCUGGCUUCUUUCCACGAUUGCUAACUGAUUUACUGGUAUAUUCACACAUGAUCUCCCGUCCUGCAUGCCAUGUACAGACGUUUGUUAUUUACACUUAUGCAUCAUAUGAAUUUACAAUCUUAACUUUAAUGGCAUAUGACAGAUUUGUUGCUAUAAGUAAACCUUUACGAUACCACAGCAUUAUUACCCCCAGGGUACUUAUCAUAUUGAUAGCUUUAUCUUGGAUUUAUCCAAUGUUUUCUAUUGGUAUUGGCAUCAUUUUGACUGCCAGACUAAGACUGUGUGGUAAUGAAAUAAAAAAAUUGUACUGCAACAACUGGAUUAUUGCAAAGCUCUCCUGUGAGAAUGCUAUGAUUGACAACAUCUAUGGCUUUGUUGUGCUUAUAACAACAGUUUUGAUUCCCUUGACUUUUAUUAUAUAUUCUUAUUUUAAGAUUCUUUUAAUCUGUCAGAAAAGUUCAAAAGAGGUAAGGAAGAAAGCUUAUCAUACUUGUCUUCCUCAUUUGGUGACUUUCACUAAUUACUCAAUUACUAUUUUCUGUGAAAUGACUUUUACCCGGUUUGAGAAUUUACAUCCAGCAGUAGCUGUUAUUCUCUCUCUAGAGUUUCUGAUUAUACCGCCUCUCUUAAACCCCCUUGUUUACGGCUUGAACUUUCCUGAUAUUCGCAGAAAAAUUACAAAUCUAAAAAUAUCUAAACAAUCUGUUCAUCCCCAAUUUGCACACUGA